GGCUAAUGAAGGGCUAUAAAAAGAGUGAGGAGGCAGAGAGGAGGUACACAGCAACCUGCACAGGUUCACAAGGCAUCAGAAGAACAUGAAGGUGUGUGCCUUUGCUCUCCUGCUCCUGGUGGCUGCCACCUAUGGUGAGGCCCUGCAGUGUCUAACCUGUGUCCAUGAGGCUCCUGACAGCGGGGACUGCGAGGAGACUUUGGAGACAUGUCCUCCAGAGAUGGAUGCCUGUGCCAAAGUUACCUACCCAGCUCCUGAUGAGAACACUUUCCACAAGUCCUGCUUCAAAAUGCUGGAGUGUCUGAAGCUGGGAGUGACCGAGGGGCUGAAGGUCACCUGCUGCAACUGGGACAGCUGCAACAAAUAAGACCGGACAAUUAGAUACUCCACCCACUUCAAAUGGCAAUAAAGUUUAUGA